AUGUCUAUUCCAAUAGGUCUUUCCGCUCAACUUUUGUCACCUUCUUUAGCUAAGCUUCAGCUAAGUAGUUAUUUUAACCAACUAAAAAACGAAACCACUUCUCGAAACAUUUCUACUCCUGAUGUGAGCGAUAAACCUACUUCUGUCAUUAAGACUGAUGAAAAAGACCAAAACUCAACGAUAGUUGUAACGAAUCCUCAUUCUCAUCAAAAAAAGAAACUUUCCAAUAAAUUGAACAGAAAAGACAUCGAUCGAGCUAUUGCUUUCUGUGCUUAUGCUGUUGAAGAAGACCAUCAAGGAAAUCCUGAUUGUGCAUUGGAACUUUACUUGCUCGGAUUAGAACAUAUUCUCCAAGCACUUCCAGAUCAAUCACGAAGAAAUGCUCUAAAAGCCAAACUACUUGAUUUUAUGGAUCGUACGGGGCUGACAAAUGAUUUCUCCGAAGAAACAAGUCCAUCAUCCACUAAGGAGGAAAAUAACGACUCUGCAACUUCAAAACUAUCCGAACACAUAAUUCAGGCGGCUGUUACAGGGGCUGUAGCACUUAAACAAUCGCCGAUUCCAGAUGCUAUAUCAGCGACGGUUAAUUACACAAUGAAGAAAAUUAAGGUCAUUGAUGAGGCUUAUGGAAUACAAGAUAAAGCAUGGGAAAUUUCUCGAUCUGGUAUUAAUAUGGCAUUGGAAAUUGAUCAGCAAUAUAAUGUACAUGGGAAAGUCGUAAAUGGUUUUUUCUUAGGACUUACGGCUGCUAUGAAAGCUGGAAUUGCUUAUACAGAUUCACCUUCAUAUCGUGAAUUAAAAAAAUCGCAUGUUGAUUAUAAUACAGCUGAAACUGAGCUGAUAAAGAAUGUUGAUGUUGAUUAG